AUGGUGUUACCGCCCCCAGACAAACGCCACGUGUGCCUGACCACCAUCGUCAUCAUGACCAGCAUGGCCUUCAUGGACGCCUACCUGGUGGAGCAGAACCAGGGACCCAGAAAGAUCGGUGUGUGCAUCAUAGUGCUGGUCGGGGACGUGUGCUUCCUCAUCGUGCUGCGGUACGUGGCGGUGUGGGUCGGGGCCGAGGUGCGCACCGCCCGGCGAGGAUACGCCAUGAUCCUGUGGUUUCUCUACAUCUUCGUUCUGGAGAUCAAACUCUACUUCGUCUUCCAGAAUUGUAAAGCUGACAGGAAGAGUCUAGAGACCGUGGCCCGGAAGGCUUUGACGCUGUUAUUGUCUGUGUGCGUGCCAGGUUUGUACCUGGUUCUCGUGGCUCUGGAUAGUAUGGAAUAUGUGAGGACUUUUAGAAAGAAGGAGGACAUGAGGAGCCGCCUGUUCUGGGUGGCGCUGGACCUGCUGGACCUGCUGGAUAUCCAAGCCAACCUGUGGGAGCCUCAGCGGACGGGCUUACCCAUCUGGGCCGAGGGCCUGAUGUUCUUCUACUGCUACAUCCUGCUGCUCAUCCUGCCCUGCGUGUCGCUCAGUGAGAUCAGCAUGCAGGGCGAGCACAUGUCGCCCCAGAAGAUGAUGCUGUACCCGGUCCUGAGCCUGGUCACCAUCAACGUGGUCACCAUCCUCAUACGGGGCGUGAACAUGGUGCUGUUCCAGGACAGCCGCGUGUCCACCAUCUUUGUCGGCAAGAACGUGGUGGCCAUCGCAACCAAGGCGUCCACCUUCCUGGAGUACCGCAGGCAGGUGAAGGAGUUCCCCCACCCGCAGAACGCCAUGGCGCUCGAGCUGCAGCAGAACUCCGUCAGCCACACGCAGCCGCUGCCCAACACCACCAGUUUGCCACAUGAACCUUCGCCAGCGCAGGACGUCAUUGACACAUGA